GAGGUGUGGCGGAAGUGGUUGGGGAGUGAGGAGCCCCGGAGGGGGCGGUUCCCGUUCUACCGCGGAGCCGGAUGUUUGCCGAGCUUUGACAGGCGUGGCACAGGGAGCAGUGCCCGACCACGGUUCUGUGGAGCGAAGCUGUGAGGGACAGGCUUGGUCAUGGACCCGCUUUCAGAGUUGCAGGAUGACCUGACCUUGGAUGACACCAGCCAGGCUCUGAACCAGCUGAAGCUAGCCUCCAUUGAUGAGAAGAACUGGCCCUCAGACGAGAUGCCCGACUUCCCCAAGUCAGAUGACUCCAAAAGCAGCUCCCCGGAACCCGUGACACACCUGAAGUGGGAUGACCCUUACUACGACAUCGCCCGGCACCAGAUUGUGGAGGUGGCAGGGUGUGAUGAGCCUGAGGGGGCCCAGCCAGGAGACGACAAGUAUGGGCGGAAGAUCAUCGUGUUUAGUGCCUGCCGAAUGCCCCCGAGCCACCAGCUGGACCACAGCAAGCUCCUGGGGUACCUGAAGCACACCCUGGACCAGUAUGUGGAGAGCGACUACACACUGCUGUACCUGCACCAUGGCCUGACCAGCGACAACAAGCCCUCCCUUAGCUGGCUCCGGGAUGCCUACCGAGAGUUUGACCGCAAGUACAAGAAGAACAUUAAGGCUCUGUACAUCGUGCACCCCACCAUGUUCAUCAAGACCCUGCUCAUCCUCUUUAAGCCCAUCAUUAGUUUCAAGUUUGGGCAGAAGAUCUUCUAUGUGAAUUACCUGAGUGAGCUGAGUGAGCAUGUGAAGCUGGAGCAACUGGGGAUCCCUCGCCAAGUGCUCAAGUAUGAUGACUUCCUCAAAUCCACACAGAAGAGCCCUGCGACAGCCCCCAAGCCCAUGCCACCACGGCCCCCUUUGCCCAACCAGCAGUUUGGGGUCUCGUUGCAGCACCUCCAGGAGAAGAACCCAGAGCAGGAGCCCAUUCCGCUUGUGCUCCGGGAGACUGUUGCCUACCUGCAGGCUCACGCUCUCACUACUGAGGGGAUUUUCCGGAGAUCAGCCAACACUCAAGUUGUGCGGGAAGUACAACAGAAGUACAACAUGGGGCUGCCUGUGGACUUUGACCAGUACAAUGAUUUGCACCUGCCAGCGGUCAUCCUCAAGACCUUCCUCCGGGAGCUUCCUGAGCCCUUGCUCACCUUUGACCUUUACCCCCACGUUGUGGGCUUCCUCAAUAUUGAUGAGAGCCAGAGAGUGGGGGCAACGCUGCAGGUGCUCCGGACGCUGCCUGAGGAGAACUACCAGGUGCUUCGUUUCCUCACUGCCUUCCUGGUGCAGAUUUCUGCCCACUGUGACCAGAACAAGAUGACCAACACUAACCUGGCUGUUGUCUUCGGCCCUAACCUGCUGUGGGCCAAGGAUGCUGCCAUCACCCUCAAGGCCAUUAAUCCCAUCAACACAUUCACCAAGUUCCUUCUGGAUCACCAAGGGGAAUUGUUCCCCAGCCCUGACUCGGGAGGGCUCUGAGCCCUGCCCCACCACCCUUCCCAGCUUCAGCCUUAUGAGUCUGGGGCUCCUGCCCAGGAAAGGGGUCAUGAGGCCCUGGGAGCUGGAAGCUGGAGCCAGCCAGUUGGGCAGCUCUUCCUCCCCUUCUGUCCAGCCCACCUGGCCGGCCCUGGAGACCUCGCUGUAACCACGAGACAUUUUUCUUCGCCUUAUACUUCUCACUGCCUCCUUGGACCCCUGGCUCCUUGCCAGGCUCUGCAGAUCUGGCGGCCUUUGGCUCUUCUAGUAUGAAAAAGACUGGCCCCAGAAACUGCUUACCCACUUUCUCCUGCCUCUCUUUUCCUGGCAAUUGCAGAUGCCUCAAUCACUGCCAGCUGGGCUGGUAGCUGGGGCUGAUCCUCCCUUUCCUGGCUGCUGGGGAAUAAGAGGCCAUGCUGGCUUGGGCCUGCCUGCUGAGGCAUCUCCCUGGGUGAAGGCCUUGUGUGCCAGCACCUGCUCCUGUCCUCUCCUCUAAUGGUUCAGCCUUGUGUUUUUACACAGCUAAGGACGGGCAAGGCUGGGGUCUGCUUCCUAUUUCUGCCUCCUUCUCGUCCUCACAUCCUGGGUCAGGCUUUCUGAAGUGAUACUGCCCCCAGGGUGUUCUAGCCCCCUGUUCUGGCAGCUUGGAUGACAGGGCUGAGUCCCAGCAUCCAUUUGAAAUAUACACCCCAUUCCCAGUCUCAUGCCCCCUGCCCCAUGCCUUGCCUCUUCUCUCUACCUACUUGGACAGAUCCUCAGUAUAGGGCUCCUGUGGACAGGUCUGUUGUGGGGUCACACUGGUCCCUGCUCUGGCCAGAAGUGACUCAGUGCCUCAGGAUCUGUGGGUAGGGACUCCCGGAGGGGCUGAGCAGAGACUUUGCCAAUUAGAUCAGUCCCUGCCAGGGGAGUUCUAGCAACCUCCCCCAGGGACUACAAGCCCCAAGGCCCUGUCAUCUUUCAGAAAACAUGGACCCCAAUGAUUGGUACUUCUCAUUCCAACUGUGUCCCUUAGAAUGAUACUCCUUCCUGGUGAACCCUGGGGACCCCACUUCCUGCAGCCUUGUCCCCUGGCAGCAGGAUACUAGAUGCACAGCGGCCCUGCCCCCACAGCCUUGGCCAGAGCCUGUACUGGGGUGGGGGCCUUAUUGACCAGCCCAGCCCCAUCUGUGAGGGGGGUGCAGCCUGAGCCCCGACCUCACUGGGCUCUCUCCUCAUGAUGCUAGCAUGUCAGGACUCCCAGGGCCUGGAGUGGCUGCUGGUUCCCUGACAGUCCCUGCAUCUCUAGCCCAAGCCAGGGCUUCCGCUUUCUGCCCUCCUGUGUAUAUCAGGUGUUGCUCACAGCCCCAUUUACUGGGGAGCCCCGUGGAUCUCUUUGGUCUUUCUCCUGUCCCCUGUCCCACUGGUCUGUGCCUGCGGGGAAAAGUGGGGGAGGCGGGAGUACUGUGAAUCAAGUGUUCACAUUCACUUAAUGACUUCCUUGGCACCAAUCAUGUAUUUCACCUUUGCACUUUUUGUAUUUCAAUAAAAAAGGAGAUGGAAAACUA